CAAUAAAAGUAGAGAGUUUUUUUAUCUUUGCUUUUUAAGGGUUUAUGGACGACGUUGGAUCAUACUUGCAAUCGUUGCUCUUCUAAAUAAUUCAAAUACUAUGUCAUGGAUAGCAUUUGCUUCUAUAGCAAAUCAUGUUGAUGAAUUUUAUAGAAUGAAUAAAGCUGCAAAUUGGUUCUCCAUGGUUUAUUUGCUGUGUACGAUACCUGUUGGUAUAUUUGCAAUGUGGCUGGGAAGUCGUUUUGGUCUUCAAAUGACCAUUCAAAUAGCUGCAUGGGCAAAUGCGAUCGGUGGAUUGAUUAGAUUGUCGAGUUCUUUUGCACCAGUUCAUUAUCGAUUUCCAGUGGGUAUUUUUGGGCAAGCAGUUGCUGCCUGUGCUUAUCCAUUCAUCAUGUUUCUUCCACCAAAGGUAGCUGGGACUUGGUUUGCAGAAAAUGAGCGGACCAUCGCCACAACGAUCGGAAUCAUGUCUAAUCCGCUAGGUGUCCUUCUUGCCAAUCUUAUUUCACCACAGAUCGUCACAAAUUCUUCGCAUGUACCGAUUAUAAAUAUUAUCACAUUUGUGCCAACCUUUUUUGCAUGCUUGCUUGCAGUUAUUUUUAUAAAUCGGUCACAACCGAAGAUGCCUCCAAGUUUUAGCGCUGCGCAAAAUCAGAUGUGUUUUCUACCUGGGUUAAAAUCAGUUAUAACCAAUAAAUCUUAUAUUUUAUUGUUGGUUGCAAUAGGAGGCGGAAUGGGAAUGUUUAACUGUUUGUACACAGUUAUGCAGCAAUUACUUUGUGCAUCCGGCUAUUCUAAUUCAUUUUCUGGGUUCUGCGCAGCCCUUAUGAUAAUUGGUGGUGUUAUGGGAGCAUCGCUUACAGGAAUAAUUGUUGACCGAACGAAGUUAUUUGAGGAGAUAUUGAAAAUCGGUAUGGCACUGGCUGUUAUUUGUGGUUUAUUGUUUUUACAGUUGACACUUCAUCCUGGUUUGUCGAUUGCUUUAAGUAUUGUGUCUUUUGUAUUUGGAGUAUUCGGUUUAGCAAUUUAUCCAGUGGCUCUCGAAUUAGCUUCUGAAUGUACAUUUCCUGUUUCAGAAACCACCUCCACAGGCUUAAUAGUUCUCAGUGGCCAGGUACAAUCAAUAAUUUUUGUUGCCUUAAUGCAAAUGACUGGGCAAGCUCUUCAAGAAGAAUAUAUGCAUAUUCAAGUUUGUACAAGUGGCGUAGAUUCUGUGGCUGCAACACCGCAAGAUAGUACUUAUUCCAUUAUUGUAAGUUUUACUGUAACUGUUAUGUUAAUUGUGAUGUUCAAACCAAUAUAUAAACGAUUAUUAGUUGAACAAGGAAUUAAAGCUACAAAUACAACAGGAAUUCAGCUGAAGGAAAAAAUUGUUGAAAAAAAGGAAGGCGAGAAUGAUGCGAAAAUUGUUUUUUCAAAUGAUGCUAAAGCAUUGCUUACAGAUGAGAUAGAUGUUGCAUAA